CUACCCGUCUUGUGGGCGUCCCUGAACUUUGGGGCGCAGCGUCUUGCGCGGCGCGGGGCUGCACCUGCCCUGGCGCUCCAGAGCUGCGGGCCCUGUGCGCUCGGCCAGGGUGACGGCGAUGUUGCGCGCGACUCCGGGGCGCUGGGCUAGUGUCUACGCGGCGCGGACGCCAGGAAGCCGAGAACAGCGCGGCGGGUUGGGUCGGACCUGAACCCCUAAAAGCGGAACCGCCUCCCGCCCUCGCGCCAACCGCCCGCCCGGAGCUGAGUCGCCGGCGGCGGUGGCGGCGGACGGACCGGGGAGUUUCCUCUCGCCCUGGAUGGAGCUGAACUUUGGGCGGCCAGAACAGCGCGGCCGUCCGGGGAUCACUGCAUGCUGAGCUCCCGUGGCGAGACCGAGCGGCAGGCCGGGAUUUUCGGGGGGGCGGGGACCAGCUGCGCGCCGGCACCAUGUUCCUGGCGACCCUGUACUUCGUACUGCCGCUUCUGGAUGUUCUCCUGUCGGCCGAGGUGAGCGGCGGGGACCGCCUGGACUGCGUGAAAGCCAGCGAUCAGUGCCUGAAGGAGCAGAGCUGCAGCACCAAGUACCGCACGCUCCGGCAGUGCGUGGCGGGCAAGGAGACCAACUUCAGCUUGACCUCGGGCCUCGAGGCCAAGGACGAGUGCCGCAGCGCCAUGGAGGCCCUAAAACAGAAGUCCCUUUACAACUGCCGCUGCAAGCGGGGGAUGAAGAAGGAGAAGAACUGUCUGCGCAUCUACUGGAGCAUGUAUCAGAGCCUGCAGGGAAAUGAUCUGCUUGAAGAUUCCCCGUACGAGCCAGUAAACAGCAGAUUGUCUGAUAUAUUCCGGGUGGUCCCAUUCAUACCAGAUGUUUUCCAGCAAGUGGAGCACAUCUCGAAAGGGAACAACUGCCUGGACGCCGCCAAGGCCUGCAACCUGGACGACACCUGCAAGAAGUACCGGUCAGCCUACAUCACCCCGUGCACCACCAGCAUGUCCAAUGACGUCUGCAACCGGCGCAAGUGCCACAAGGCCCUCCGGCAGUUCUUCGACAAGGUCCCGGCCAAGCACAGCUAUGGGAUGCUCUUCUGUUCCUGCCGGGACAUCGCCUGCACCGAGCGGAGGCGGCAGACCAUCGUGCCCGUGUGCUCCUACGAGGAGAGGGAGAAACCCAACUGCUUGAACUUGCAGGACUCCUGCAAGACCAAUUACAUCUGCAGAUCUCGCCUGGCCGAUUUUUUCACCAACUGCCAGCCGGAGUCAAGGUCUGUCAGCAGCUGUCUAAAGGAAAAUUACGCUGACUGCCUCCUCGCCUACUCGGGGCUUAUUGGUACAGUCAUGACCCCCAACUACAUAGACUCCAGUAGCCUCAGCGUGGCCCCCUGGUGUGACUGCACGAACAGCGGAAACGACCUGGAGGAAUGCUUGAAAUUUCUGAAUUUCUUCAAGGACAACACAUGUCUUAAAAAUGCAAUUCAAGCCUUUGGCAAUGGCUCGGAUGUGACCGUGUGGCAGCCAGCCCUCCCAGCUCAGACCACCACUGCCGCCACCACCACAGCCUUCCGGGUCAAGAACAAGCCCCUGGGGCCAGCAGGCUCUGAGAAUGAAAUCCCCACUCAUGUUUUACCACCUUGUGCAAACUUACAGGCACAGAAGCUGAAAUCCAACAUAUCAGGCAGUACCCACCUCUGUCUUUCUGAUCGUGAUUAUGAAAAGGAUGGUCUCUCUGGGGCUUCCAGCCACAUAACCACAAAAUCAAUGGCUGCUCCUCCAAGCUGCGGUCUGAGCCCACUGCUGGCCCUGGUGGUAACUGCCCUGUCCACCCUAUUGUCUUUAUCUUUGGCCAAAGCAUCGUAGCUGCAUUUACAGAACCAUAUGGACAUGUGAAAAGACAAAAACCAAGUUAUCUGUUUCCUGUCUUCUUGUAUAUCCGAAAUUCCAGUUUUAGGAGCUCAGUUGAGACACUGCUAAAACAGUUUCAUCCAACUGGAACUUUUUUCUUUUUUUUUUUUUUUUUCUAAGAAAGCUUCCUGUGAUCCUUAAGGCUUUUAUGGGAUCCCCCGAUACAGUGCUACAUUCCACACUCAGAAGGCUUUGGGGCAUGCUGGAUUGUAAAGAGAUGGUUUGUUGAUGUGGCUGUAAAGCGGACUGGAGCCUUGGCUUUCAAGAUCCUGAUAAGGAUGAUGAUUUUUAACAGUUUCACUCUGGUUUUGACUAGCUAGAGAAGGAGUCAGUAUUCCUAAAGAAUCUUCUAUAUCUCAUGGAAUAGGUUUGCUUUCUGAUGACAUGACCAUACCAUGGCAGUGGUACGUGGAAGCCAAACUUUUUUUGUCACAAAGUGAAGAUUCUCAUCAUGACAAUCUUGAUGGACUUUGUGCAAACAAGCUUGUACCAGUGUUCUUUCUAUAUGUACUAGCGUUUUCCACGCUAAUGUUUAUGUACAGUAAACAGCUCUGCACUCUCUUAUGAAAACAAAAAACACACCUGCCACAUUCAACGUAAUGUCUGUCUCCUAGUCAAAAUAGAGAAUGAGAGUGGGUGUGAGACUUCGCAGAACCUUGAGCAUUGAGACAGUCUCCAAAGCCUUACUUGAGUGAGAAGCCCUUACACUAACAAGAGUCAAAUAUAGUUGAAGCAUCAUUCUAAUAAUCUUUACAUGUAUGAGGUUAUAUGUAGAAAAAAAUUUUACUACUAAAUGAUUUCAACUAUUGACUUUCUAUAUUUUGAAAGUAAUGAUAUUGUAUUCUUUUUUUUUUUUUUAUUACCGGUGGUUUAAUACAAAAUACAUGGAGCUUGUUUUCCUCUCAUAAGUAGCGUUAGCUUCGAUGUUGACUUCUCGAAGACAGGUCUUCAACAGCAGACUCUGAGGAGCCUCAUGCUUUAGCAGAAAGCUCUGCAUCACGUUACUGUGGACAGGCAGCAGGAAAUAGAGCAGCCAAGCAUUGUCUUUUAUCAUUUCUGGAAACACAAGCGUGCAUACCUGUGGGAAAACUGGUGGCCACUCGUCAAUGUUCUACAAACGCUACAAAUGGCACCGUUGCCAGCUGACACAAACCAGGGCCUUGGUUUUCAUGUUACCUGACAAUGGCAGCUUUGACUGGGACAGGAGACAGGACGUGCUGCCCUGUCUUCUGAAGCAGAUCCAUGCCCAGGAUACACAGCUCUUAUCCUAAGGAUUGUCUUGACUUUCAACUGUGAUGGCUUGGCCGCUCUGUAGAUCGGUUUGGUCUGAAGUCAUCAGAUACCUGCUCGCACUGUGUUCUGUGUCCUCCGUGAUAGACUGUGACUGACUGCGAAAAAGAAAAAAAGUUUGGGAGAUAAAGAGAGUCACGGUCACCAUUAGGUCCAUGGAAAUAAGUUGGCCCAGAGACACAGAACAGGGACUCUGGAUAUAAGGCAUCUGACUUGUUAACUGCACGUCCCUUCCAUCAUUCUCUUCCUUCAGUGAAUAGCCCCGAAAGUGCACUUCUGAAGUCUGGUUGAAAUGCUGAGAUUUGAAAUCGACAAGGAUCGAGUGCUAGUAGCCAUGUUUCUUUGCAACUGAACAGAGGCGAGGAAAUUUCACCCAAUAGAGUAUCCGAAAAGUUGGCUUUCUUCUGACAUCAGUAGAGUGGAUGGAGGAGGAAACCCACAGUGCCCAUUUCAUCCUGAUUCCCUUUGCCCACGGAUGUUUGCCUUGUAAGAAUUAAUCCACUUACUAGGGCGGGAAAUCUGUUAAACCCAAGAUGAAGGCAUAGUCUUUUAGCUCUGUUGGUGUUUGAAGUACAUUUAUAUCCAAAUGUUAAUAAACAUAAAUGUAUAAUACUAAGUACCGAGUUUUUUCACUUCAAAAUGUUUUCAAGGGAAAUUCAUCAAACAAAUUCGAUUAGUGAAAGGUUUCAUAAAGACUCGUACUUUAAAUAAACACAUUAAAUGUGUUGAAAUACUUGGAAUUCCAGUCAUCUGUGAAAACAUAUCUCUUCAGAGCAUAUUUUGUUUUAAUUAAGGUAUCUGUGUAUCUACAUUGGACUAAUUGCAUAGAGGUCGGAUUCUAUGUAAUCUACUGUAGAAAGCUAUUGAUUACUUCUGUAAUAAACAGCAUCUCUAAUUAGUUUCAGAUGACCAAAGAGGAAAUGGAAGUUACCAGAGCUAACAAGGGUAGCCUUCAGUGAAGAAUGCGUGGAUGUGCAACACAUAAAUUAAAUUGUAAACAGCCUCAUUUCUCACCAACAUAGAUCGCAUUUUUCUUCAGAGAUAGAAGCACAUGAGAGUUACCAAAUUGACAGUCUGAAAAUAAAUUACUGAUAAACAGGGGGAAGGAUGUUCCAUGACAACUCAUUAGAGAGAUUCUUAUAAACUCAUGCCAGGACUUUCCUGGUGGUUCAGUGGUUAGGACUCUACAUUUCCUUUGCAUGGAGUGUGGGUUUGGUCCCUGGUCGGGGAACUAAGAUCCCACCUGCUUCUCGGUGCAGCCAAAACAAGAAAAAUCACGCCAAGCAAGUGUUUAUGCCAUUUGGGGUGAUCUCAGUUUAACAUAGUGACCCAGAAACACAAUCAUUUGCCCCAGUACUGGAACAGGCCAAACUUUUUAUCUUCUCUGGCUUCCUCUGGCAGCACUAAAAGCAAAAAAUGAUUCACUGCUUCCUGUCCUUCACUACCCUGCAUUGAAGGUGCCACCAAAAUCCAAGGACUGUUUGCUGAGGUUUGGGCCUGUCGCAGAAAGCAUCUCGUAGUUGAUUUUGGCAAAACAUAAAAUAGUAACUUAAAUGCAUCAAGACCAAUGGCCCCCAAAUCAAGUCUAGCCAUGCCCCACUCCUUUCAGAGAGGAAAAAAAAAAAAAAGCAAGA